AUGAAGUCGGUCCUCAUUUUCGCCGUGGUCGCUGUCAUCGCUUUUGCUCAACACACCCGCCCGACCCCCGGUCCAUGCCAGAUCUGUGAAUAUGUCGUUGGACAGGCUGAGCAUCACCUUCAUGGGCGACCGGUUGACAAGGGAGAGCUGCAGAUCUUCUUGCUCGCUGAUUGCGAGUCGUUGAGGCGAUUCGAGGGCCAAGUGGCUACUGAUGCUUGUAUCCAGUUGAUCGACAACAAUAUGGACCUCAUCUACACCGACGUGUACAACGGCAAGCACGUGCGUGAUAUCUGCAACGACCUGAAGCAGUGC